AUGUCGGAGCAGCAACGAAUCCACGUCGCCAUUGUGGGUGGUGGGAUCGGAGGAGUGGUUUUAGGUAUUGCACUUUCCAAAUUCCAGCACAUUACAUACACCAUUUUUGAGUCGCGGGGCGCAUUCGGCGAAAUCGGGGCCGGCGUGGGUUUCUUCAAGAACGGCCACUCUGCAAUGCGUCUGAUCGAUCCGCGCAUCUGGGAGAGCUAUUUGGAAAUAGCAUCCUUCAAUGGUUGGGAAGACAAGCAGGACGUGUGGUUCGACUUCCUGAAUGGCGAAAGGGGCGAGAACGAGGGCAGGCGGAUUAUCGAAGUGCAAAUGAACGAUCCAAAGGGGAUGAGUGGGGCGCAUCGCGCGAGUCUGCUGAACGCUCUGAUAAAGUUGCUGCCGGCCAACGUGACGGAAUUCAAUAAAAGGCUGGUUUCGGUGGAUCAAAGCCGGGAGAAUGUGGUUUGCCAGUUUGCGGACGGCAGCCAUCGCGAAGCAGACUUGGUGGUUGCGUGCGACGGCAUUUGGUCCGCUUGUCGACCGCUGGUAUUCGACAACCCGAAGUUGGCCUCCCCGAGAUUUACGGGCAAGGUUGCGUAUCGUGGCCUCUUACCUAUGAAGCUUGCUGAAGAAGUCUUGGGGGAUGAACAUGCGAACAACAGGACCAUGUUCCUUGGCCGCGGUGGCCAUGUCUUGACGUUUCCAGUGUCUAAUGGAGCGGUAAUGAACGUCGUCGCUUUCCAUGAUAGUGGCAAAACUACGUGGGAGGGCGAAUCUAUUCAGAAGCUACAGAUGGGGAAUGCUCAAAGGGACUUCAGUGAGUCCCAGUGGGGGUCAUGCGUGGUGAAGAUCGUGGAACUCCUACAACCAGACGUUUGGGCAAUAUUCGAACACGCGCCGGUGUCAACAUUCCAUAGUGGCCGGAUAUGUCUCCUUGGUGAUGCAGCCCACGCAAUGUCUCCUCAUUUAGGACAAGGGGCCGGAAUGGCCAUCGAAGACUCGUACAUUCUUUCUAAUCUUCUGGGCCACUGUUCGUCUCGAGAGGACAUAUUCGCCGCACUCGCCGCUUAUGACUCCGUCCGGGUACCGCGUGCUAUUAGAGUUACCUCGGAGAGUUUCGAGAACGGGAAACGCUUGGAUCUCCAAGGCAGCACUGCUGGGUGUGAUUUCGAUAAACUAGCUGAGGAACUUAACAAGGUAGCGAGGUGGAUAUGGGACCUGGAUUUAGAGGAGCAUCUGAAAACGGCAGCUGAAAAGCUUGAGCAAAUCAGAAAAUCAUAA